GACAAUUUGACCUUCAAGUGUUCGCGACCUCCAACAGUGAACUAUACCGCUGGAGGUUUGCAUUUUUUCCCGUGCAUUUGGUGGCCAUCCCUUUGUUUGUUGCGUUAUCGCUCAGUUUUUAUCUGAUAAUUCCAAAAAUACUUAUUCUUAAUAAAUCUCACAAGGAAUGGGACCUCACUUUGGUGUAGUACAACCAAUUUUCACGGAUUUCUAUGAAUUGACAAUGUCGUAUGCUUAUUGGCAAGCUGGAAAAGCCAAUGAUACUGCAACUUUUGAAAUGUUUUUUCGUAAAAAUCCUUUCAAUGGAGAGUUCACUAUAUUUGCUGGUCUUCAAGAUUGUAUUGACUAUUUAAGUUCGUUUAGAUUCACUCAAGAUGAUAUUGAAUAUUUGCAAAAAAUUAUGCCAUCAACUGUUGAUCCCGAUUUCUUUGAUUAUUUGCUUAGUAUUGAUACAAAGGGAUUAUCGUUAUGGUCUGUUAAAGAAUGUUCAGUUGUUUUUCCAAAAGUUCCUAUUAUGCGAGUUGAAGGACCAAUAGUACUAUGUCAACUUGUGGAAUCUACGUUAUUGAAUUUGGUUAAUUAUGCGAGCCUAGUGACUACCAAUGCUACACGUUACCGUCUGGCUUGUGGUCCAAGUAAAAAAUUAUAUGAAUUUGGUUUACGUCGUGCUCAAGGACCAGAUGGUGCACUCUCAGCUUCAAAAUAUGCAUAUUUAGGAGGUUAUGAUGGAACUAGCAAUGUUUUAGCUGGGAAAAUAUAUGGAAUUCCAGUUGUUGGGACACAUGCACAUUCAUUUGUGUCAGCUUUUCAAUCUUCUUAUGAAGGGGAAUGUAUAAGUGAUUUCGGAAAAUUCAGAAGAGAAGCCGCCGAGUUAAAUAACUCAUAUGAUGAUCACCUUUUAGACUUAAACCGUCAACCAAUGAAAUUGAAUGAAUUUUUGAAACGUUGUUGGUAUUGGUCUACUAGUUUAUCUCGUGUAUUAAAAUAUCAUUCCGAUCAAAUACAUCCAGGUGAAUUAAAUGCAUUCGCCAAUUAUGCUGUUGCAUUUCCGACAAAAUUUCUUGGUUUACUUGAUACAUAUGAUGUGUUAAAAUCAGGUUUACCAAAUUUUUGUGCAGUUGCAUUAGCUCUUCAUGAAUUUGGUUAUCAAGCUAUUGGUAUACGUAUUGAUAGCGGUGAUAUAGCCUACUUGUCAUUGAAAAUUCGUAAUACGUUUCAGGUAAUCAGUUCACAUUAUAAUUUACCUUGGUUUGCACAACUUCAGAUACUUGCCAGCAAUGAUUUAAACGAAGAUACAUUACAUUCUUUUAAUCAACAAGAUCACUCAAUUGAUGCAUUUUGUGUUGGAACAAAUUUAGUCACCUGUCAAAAACAACCAGCCUUAGGAUGUGUAUAUAAACUUGUUGAAAUUAAUGGAACUCCAACAAUGAAACUUAGUGCUGAUUUUGAAAAACUUACUUUGCCAGGAAAAAAAGUAGUUUAUCGUUUAUAUAGUCAGCAAGGUGAAGCAUUACUAGAUUUAAUGAAACGUUCACAUGAAGAUUCUCCAAACGUUAAUGAACGUAUUCUUUGUAGACACCCAACUCAAGCAUCGAAACGUGUUUUUGUUGUACCCGGAAGAGUUGAACAAUUACUCAAGUUAUAUUGGAAUUGUGGAAAAGUAAUUUAAAAUCAUUUAUUUAUCUUUAAUUAAUUAUUACCACAACUGUUUUUGGUAAGAGUAUAAUAUACUGACGACCUUGGAGGAUUUAUCACCCAAUCAGGAAAUGGUGCCUUGUUAUAAAACAAUUAACAAUACAAAGUAAUGGAAUACCAGUGUUAUAACAGCUUUGGUCGUAAUAAUUAACAUUCACAACUCAAAUUAUCCCUUGUGGUAAAGAAAAAGGUUAGUUAAACCAUUGCCAACAUUGAAUGAAUCUAGAGAAUACGCUAUAAAUGAAUUAAACACUCUAAGACCAGAUUAUAAACGUAUAACUAAACCGACACAAUAUAAAGUUUCAGUUUCAGAUGAAUUAUAUCAAUUUACUCAAGAAUUAUGGCUUAGUAUUACACCAAUUGGUGAAAUUAGUUAGUAACUUUAUUCAAUUUUUUAUUACUACUGUUAUAAAUAGUCCAUUUUUCUUUAUAUCCACCUUUCACAUCUAUCUAAUUUAUAACAAAUGUAUUCUUUUUUGCCUGGAAUCAUUUGUUUAUUACUCAUUUCCUUAUUAUUAAUAGUAUUCUGAUUAGUAUUUUGUUUAAAUCUCGCUUUACAAUACAAAUAGAUUGCUUUCAAUAUUUUUUUGUGAUAAAUCUGAAGGAUACAUUCAAAACAACAUAUCUAUGUAUUUUUGACUACAUUUUCUCACACCAAAUAUUUUUUCUAUGUAUAGAUUAUGGAUACCAAUAAAAAUUUUGUCUUCUUCGCAAAGAAUAUUCAAUUUAAUUGCCACUUUGUUGUUGUUAAAUUCUUUGUGGUAAUAGACAACAUAAGCUAUGCUAUGAAAUAAUGGGGAAUAUUUUUCAACUCAGGUGGAUACUUUUGGCAGUGUUGAAUUCUUCUAAAUAAAUGUUCUAAUUUCAGAGUUCUCAUUUUCACUCUGGACAACACAUUAUCAGUGCUUACUACAAAAGGUUACACGGAACGAUAAUGAAUGUUUUACUACCAAAUCAUCGAGCUCGGAGAACACAACAAAACUAUUUUAUGGGAGAAUGCUCUCAUUAUAUAUCGGGUUUACAUUUUAUAUGCACAUAAUAUUGGUUAGUGAGUAACUGCGUCAAUAAACCCCUCUCAGUCAUUGUAUUCUUAUCAUCUGAAAUUGAUUACUGAGAAUAAAUAUGAUUUCCUAAGUGUUUUUAUUUAUUUUAGUUCUGACUAAAAUAUUCAUAUCUUAGCUAAAAUGAUUAUAAUUUGUUUUCGAAUUUUUUUGUCCAUUUUUAAAAUUUUAUUGUUUGUACUUUCAA